AUGAGCCUUCAAACUGUCUUCCUCACGCUCUUAGUUUGUUUUCAAAUUUCCUCACUUCUCUCCCCUCAACCAAACUCCGCUAAGAAGCAGGGCUGCUUCAAAAUCAACAACUGCAAGUGUAUCAUGAAGGAUGGGAGCGGGGUGAUAAAUCUGAAUGCUAUGGGAGACGCAGAGGGUUUCCUGGGGCAUUUCAAGCCUGUGUCAGCUGAGAACAUGUCAGUAGGAGCAGAAAUCCUCCUGUCCUUCAGCCCCUGCCAGCCCUUCUCACAGCCAGAGGACCUGAUAGGAGCCGACUGUACCAACGUUGCUGCAUGUCUCAUUGUCAGGCUCAACAGAUACAGUAGCCGCUAUAUCACUUAUGGAAGACAUGACGGGAAUGAAUUCCACUACAAUGACACCCUGAAGAUGCUGUCUGUCUCAUACUUUGUUCAUGCCGGGCAGCCGCUGACAGUAGUGCAUUACCACUGCAAUCCAAACCAGUCCACUUCUUUUAUCCGGGACCAGAAACUCGGGACUGGGGAGCCCUUGCAGAUCUGGGUGGAGAGCCACUGUGCCUGUCCAAAUGCCUGUGCUAUGGGAGAUCUGGGUAUAGGCACCAUCUUCCUCAUCAUCCUCUCCCUCAGUGCAGCUGCAUACUUCAUCCUUGGUUCCUGUGCUCUCAGGCCUUUUCAGAGCAGCAGUGGAGUCCAGAUCUCUCCAGAGCACAGUGUGUGGUGUAUGAUCUGCUACCUCUGUACUGAGAGUAGGUCUGCAAGAAGACACUACACAGAGACAGCACACUGA